UAUAAUAAAAUAAAAAAAGCUUCCAAAAAGCUUGCACACUUACCACCACCUCUCCAAUCUCUAUAUAAACCCCCAAACACCACUCCAAAACUUGUGUCCUUUCAAACUUCAAAACCCUAAUAACCAUAUUUACCACUCUGUUCAUCAGAUCUCCGAUUUCACCAUGAAAACCGAUCAAACCAAACCAAUGAACAUCACAAUAACCAAAUCAUCAAUCGUUCCACCAUCAGAGACCAUUAAUGGAUCCUCUAACCACAUCUGGACCUCCAAUUUGGAUCUAGUUGUUGGAAGAAUUCAUAUUCUAACGGUUUAUUUCUACAGGCCUAACGGAUCUAACAACUAUUUUGAUCCGAAUGUGAUGAAACAGGCGCUUGCUGAUGUGCUUGUGCCGUUUUAUCCGAUGGCUGGACGGUUAGGUAGAGAUGAGAGUGGCAGAAUUGUGAUUAAUUGUAAUGGUGAGGGUGCUUUGUUUGUUGAGGCUGAAUCGGAUUCGUGUUUGGAUGAUUUUGGUGAGUUUACUCCGUCGCCGGAGUUUCGGAGUCUUACUCCGACUGUUGAUUAUUCCGGUGAUAUUAGUUCGUUUCCUCUGUUUUUCGCACAGGUGACUCAUUUUAAAUGUGGAGGAGUCGCACUUGGUUGUGGUGUAUUCCAUACAUUAUCUGACGGUUUAUCAUCUCUCCAUUUCAUAAACACAUGGUCCGAUGUGGCUCGCGGGCUCUCUGUAGCCAUCCCACCGUUCAUUGACCGUACCCUGCUACGUGCACGCGUACCACCCACCCCAACACACGACCAUGUCGAAUACCACCCACCUCCAACCAUGAUCACCACCCAAAAAACCGGUUCACUUUCUAAAUCAUCCACCACCAUGCUAAAACUCACACUAGACCAACUCAACACCCUCAAAGCUAAAGCCAAGAGCGAAGGCGGGGCAAGUUAUAGCACAUACGAGACCCUCGCGGCUCACAUAUGGCGAUGCGCGUGCAAGGCUAGAGGGCUCCCAGAUGACCAACUAACCAAGCUAUACGUAGCCACAGAUGGACGGUCAAGAUUGAGUCCUCACCUCCCACGAGGCUACCUUGGGAACGUGGUCUUUACAGCCACCCCGGUUGCCAAAUCGGGUACUCUUACAUCCGACUCAUUGGUAAACGCUGCGAAACUGAUUCAUACCACGUUGAAAAAAAUGGACGAUGACUAUUUGAGAUCGGCUAUUGAUUACCUCGAGACACAACCUGAUAUAUCCGCUCUAAUCCGUGGACCUAGUUACUUUGCUAGCCCAAACCUUAACAUAAACGCUUGGACUAGACUACCUGUACACGAUGCGGAUUUUGGGUGGGGUCGGCCCAUUUUUAUGGGACCCGCGACCAUAUUGUACGAGGGAACCGUAUAUGUUCUACCUAGCCCGAACAACGAUAGAAGUGUGUCUUUGGCAGUGUGCUUAGAUGCAAAGGAACAACCACUUUUUGAGAAGUACUUGUAUGAAUUGUAAGGUUUUGGAACCAAACAAGAUGUAGGUGCUUUGUUCAUGCUUUUUUGUUCGAUUUGAUUGUUUUUUUUUUCUUGUAACAAUAAGUUGUAAUUGCAUCCCAUGAAGAGUGAGUUUUGUACAUUAUAUAUGACUGAUUGCGUA